CUACCACUACUCGGAGGUGGCGCCCGGGCCAUCGAUGCCGAACGCCACCGGCAGCCAGAACCAGUACCAGCCUCAUCCUGACUCCGCCGCCGUCUUCCCCGCGCCCGAGGCGGCGGUCUACGCUCAGCAGCCCAGCUCCUCCACCGUCUUCAACGCGCCCGGGCACAACAGCAACCCGCACGCCUUCGUCAAUCAGCCCGGGGCACCGCUCUACGCUCAGGCCGGCACCGCCAACAACAACCCGUACACCUCCGCCGGUAUGGUCGUGGCGCCCGCUUACGCUAACCAGGGUGCGAGUCGCGCCCCAGUGGCUGGCGUUCCAAACCGAUCCCGUCCGGCGCUUCUGAAUUCCCGGGCGAACGAACUGCUGCGCGCCGUCCAGCGUGCUCGCACGCCCGACUUCGUCGAAGGCAUCAUCAAUGGGGUGAUAUGGGACCAAGACAACGGGGUCCGGGUCCCCCUGAUGGAACUCGCCGAAACUAGGGACGGGGAGACAGCUCUGGUGGAGCUCGUCAGGGCCACGCUGCGGCACAGGGCCUCCGGAGCAUUGCAGCGGCUAUUCAGGUGCCUAAUCGAUGGAUGGAUAAUGGAACAGAGAACCGGACCGGAAAUGCUUCAGCAUUUCUUCACCACGCUUGAUUACGUCCAUUGCUCGAUUUUCAUCGACGAGCUCGCCAUCCCCCGCUUCUGGGAAAUGGUCAUGUCCAGGUCCUUGCAUGCGCGUAUGAGCAUGAUGGUGUGCCUCGACAAUACGGGAUACUACACUGACCAAGGUACUGAUCUCCACGUCACCUUCGUGUACCACUCCGUCGCGAUCGCCAGGAACAUAUACGGCUUCCUACUCUUGCGGACCAUCUUCGAGACAGGCCGCAACAAUCAUCUCAAGGAACGCAUCAGGCAGCGCGUCAUGGCCAAUCUCAUGGAGUUGUCCAUGCACCAAUACGGGAACAACGUGGUUCUGGCGUGCUUCAUCCCCAGCAAUAGGCCGCCUUUGUUUUCGGCGAUUCUGCUGCAGUGCGGGCUCCAAGCGUUCUCGCGCCUGCACGGCGUGCAGCUCGCGCAGUUGGUGCAGAACAACAACGCCCGCCACGUCCUCCACCGGCUGCUCCAGACCAGCAUGACCCAAAAUGCGGCGGCGGCGGAGGCGAUGCGGCUGGCAGAGCAGAUCUUGGGAGUUGGCCAGGGCUGGUGGACUCGAGGUGAUCCACGAGCGCAAGCCAUAGCUAUUUUGCGCCGCUGAGUCAGAGCGCGCCCACGAUGCUUUGUGCCAGGCCGUUCUGCUAAAGCUGCACUGAGAAUUGUGUGUUUGAUUGGCAUUGCUUGCUGACGUACACUGUCAAAUGUCUCUGGUUUCUCUGUACAAUGCUACGCCGUUGCUGUCAGCUUGAUUGAUUUCAUGAAAGGAAACUAGAGAUUUCGUACAGUCUAUGCUUGAGAUUACCAGAGAAACUAGAGAUUUCAUGAAAGGUGGGGGGUGGAGGGUCUAUGAUAACCCCGUGUAAUGUUCUGUGGUGCUUUGGCGGUUAUACUGACUAGUUUAGCGUUUUCUAGGUCUCUUUUUGCUUGAGAUUACCAGUCAAAUCUAUCAAUAAUUCAAUAGUAUUUUUCUCUUAAAA